UCUGGCAAGGCCACCUGGCCCAGAUGACCAAACAGAAAAGGUCAAAAAGAAUCGUCUGUGACGGGAAUUGAGCCCGACGUGGGGGUCGAACCCACAACCUUGAGAUUUCGGAGUACUCCUUAAGAGUCUCACGCUCUACCGAUUGAGCUAGCCGGGCAACGGCUAAUUGGUUGCUCAAAACUGUCCGAAGCUGGCUACAAGUCAACAGCUUUUCACAAUAUGCAGCCCUGGCAAUAGUCAUAGCGUUUUAAACUCAACAUCCCUCCGAAAGCUCCAACCACCCAGUGACGGCAACAGCUCGUAUCCCAGCACACCCUCGAUCAAAGCAGCAACCAUGGGUGCCGUCACUUGGAACUCGUUUGUGUACCGGGUGUGCUCCGUGCUAAGGACGAGCGAGUUGAACAUUUCGCCCAGCCCGAACGCAGACUGAUGGAGCGUUAUCUGGACGGCUGGAGGAUUGGUGGUAUCAUGGUGAUUGACCCGACACCAGCGUUGCAGAUACUCCGACAAGAACUGAAGGGUAGGGCUGUGGCUGCAGUGCAACUCGAUCCUCUUGGUGCUUGCCGUCAUGGUCAGGUAAUAGGGCGGUCGAAGAAACAGCUGGUCGGGGCGUGGUAGAGACGCCGCGUCGGGAAGAAACUCGACCUUUGCUCGUGGCUUGGAGGCGUCGACAUUGACCUCUACCUCUGCCCAGUCGUCUCCAGGUGUCGUGGUGGCCUGGGCAUCCCGAACCGGAAGCUCGGUUUGCUUCUUGUCGGUAUCGAAGCAAGUAAGGAGGUUGCCACGAAAGAUGGGAAACAAUUCGGUUGGUUGAAGCUGAAAGGCCUGUUUCUUGGGAAGAGAGACGACAAACCCUCGCCGCUGCUCCGACCACGACGUGGCGGCCUUGUCCGAGUCCGCAACGGCUAUAAAGAUCCUGAGGCGAGAGGGGACCUUUUCCAGCAACUGCUCCCCCCACGCUUCGUGUUCAGAGCCAUCCAAAAGCUCGAUCAUGCUCUUGACGCAUACUAGAACGCACCCGGUGACGCAAGCCACGAGGUCCAGUUUGUCGGGAUAAUAGGAGUCAAGCUCGGCGAUCAAAAGAUGCCAUUCGGGCUCAGCGUCCACCUCGUGGCCCAAGAUGUCUUUGAGCUUCCUGAUAGCCGUUUGGAGUGCGCCAUCCUCCUUUUUCCAAACCUCACGGAUUCCGAUUUGGGCUUUGAGCGGUCUGUCGUGAUCAGUUAGCGUCAGGUAUGCUCGUCUGCUGGCACACGUGUGGUGGCAUGGCAUUACUCACAUCGAGGGCAUGGUUGCCGGCUUUGCGCUUCGCACCGGUUACUGAUUCUGGAGGACAGAAACAUCGAGCCGUGCGUUGUUCGUCUCUUUUAACCACAUUGUUGAUGCCACGAACUCGCUACCCUUUGUUGAGGGAGGCAGCAUGCUUGGCGACCCCUGAAGGCGCGCGAGGCGCCAGAGCUGAGCGCGGGGAUGGCUUGGCACCAAAGGGCGAUCUGCAAGGCGAACUGGAGAUUGCCAUCUUCGUGUUAAGCAAUGUCAACAAACUAGAUGUCAUAUCUCGUGUAGGACGGCGGCAAAGUUGCCUUUCUUGGAAUAACAAGGAGUAUGCAUGUUGACUUUGGCGUUUCCCCUCGGUUGCGUUCCUGAUACUAUGCAGUUCUUUGGGCCCUAGAGCGGCAGCCUGGAGUGGGCCGACGACUCAUUUCCACAAGCAGAGCGGUCAACGUUUUGGAAACCGAGCUUCCGCAACAACUCCCGUGAGGCUGACCGAACCUCCGUGACUCGACAGAAUGUGGCCCAGGGUAUCACCGAACCCCCGGAAGGGAUGCUUAGGCAAGUGAUGUGCUCGGUCACUGGAAGACGCGGGUGGGCGUGAGGAGCGAUGCGACUUUUGGACAUAAAAGAGGGGACCUCUGGCUGUCCAGGAGGUCCAAUAUCUUCAGCAUCAUCUCGAACAUCCUCGCCCGCCUCUUUUUCAACUCUACCACAUUCUUCCCAACUACCACCACUCAAUACAUCCGUCACUAUGGCUCCUCUUCCUCCUGCGGAGAAGCUUUCGCUUGCCGUCCGCAAGAAUGUCAGAGACGAGUGGGAGAACAACAAGGCCGACCUCGAGAAGCAGCUUUCCGAACUCCUUGGCACCGAGUGGACCGUCGAAGCUGACCCCAAGGCCAUCUGGCCUUACCACAACGACGGUUACGCCAAGGAGAGUCUUGGUUCUUGCAUCAAAGCCUACGUCGAGGGCGCUAUCUACCAGAUCAAGUAUCUGAGUGGAAGAUAUGGAAGCGAAUUCGCCACAGAGAUCAACGACCUCGCCCAUGCUCAUGUCUUGACGCUCGAGGUCGAGGACCAGGACCCAGCCCGUUUUAGCUACAAUGGUUGCGAUAUCAAGGAUGGCAAGCUGCGCAUUCUGUUCAACGAGACAUGCCUUGGCACCAACGUCGAUUACGCCUUGCAAGAGAACAGCCUUUUGCCCGCCCUCAACGCCGCUCCCAGUGACAAGCCUUUUAGCUUCCACGCUCGCAACAGCAUCAGACAGGACUACGAACCCGCCAUCGGCGCUGUCAAGAAGGACAUUGCCGACCUUCUCGGCAAGAGUGUGGAUGAGAUCACGAUCAAUCCCAACUUCGAGGCCAACUUUGCCAAACUCAGUGAGAGCAAGCCCAGUCUCGAGGACUGGCAAGAACGGCUCGGGAACUUCACGCUGAAGUACUUUGAGGGCUUGGCUUACCAGAUGAAGUACCAAAAGGUUGGCGAGGACGAGCUUAUCCAGGAGGGUCUUCUGGAGGCUGUCAGCAAGAACGAGUACGCCCUUCGCAUUGUGGACACCCUCACGUAUGACUCGUAUGGUGAGGUUGUGGUGGAAGAUGGGGUGCUCUACAUCCAGGCCAAGCCGGAUACAUUCGGUACCAACAUUGACUACGCUGCUCAGAAGCUUGUUGAUCAGCUCUGA